AUGCCGCCGGGGCCGCUGCCGUUGGGCGAUGCCGCCUCCCAGGAUGCCAGCGCCACCGGCAAAGUUCAUUACAGCUGGACUGGUAGAGCGCAGUUUUUCUUAUGGAGCCGCUGUCGUGACCUGACAGCAGGGGGUUCUUGCCCCGCCACGGCCGGACUCGCCGUCCCUGGGGUGCGCUUUUACCGAGGGGCUUCGCCUGGCUCCACUUGCCCGAGCGCUCCGGAGCGGCCACGGCACACCGGGUGCGCCUCCGCAGCCACCCUGGCCCACGAGCACUCGCACCGGCCGCGCUGCUCCGCCGCAGGCGCUCAGACAGCCCAGCCGCCGCCGCCGAGGGCCAUGCUCUGCGCCCUGGCUCUCCUCGCGCUGCCGCUCGCCGCGCGGGCGGGCGCCGGUGGCCCCAGCGCUCCGGAGCCGCCGAGCGCGCCGCGCCUCGCCGUCGCCGCCAACGUGUCGGCCUUUGCGCUCUCCGGCCCGGCCCGCGGCGGCAGCCUGAGGGGCUCGCCGGCGCCGAGCGCGCGGAAGUUCAUCGCGCACGGCGACGCCGAGUGCUCGGGGAGGUACGCCGCCAUCCAGACGGCGGCGCAGUGCGCGGCGGCGGCGCAGGCGCUCUGGCCCACCGGCCUGCUGUACCCCUGCUGGUACCCCACGUGGGCGGAGGACCUCACGGAGGUGGACGAGCCCGACGAGCCGCAGGGCUGCCUGCUCCUCACGAACGCCGACAACGGCUGCGGCCUGCGCUUCAACGCGGCCGGGCGCGGGGCGGUGUGCGACGAGCCCGGGCUCUCAUGCGUGGUCGUCUGCGGGGAGGGCGGCGGCCCGGCGACCUCGACGGAGGGCCCCGCGGGCCCCGCGACCACGGAUGCCAGCGCCACCGGCAAAGUUCAUUACAGCUGGACUGGUGGAGCGCAGUGUUUCCUAUGGAGCCGCUGUCGUGACCUGACAGCAGGCGCUCAGACAGCCCAGCCGCCGCCGCCGAGGGCCAUGCUCCGCGCCCUGGCUCUCCUCGCGCUGCCGCUCGCCGCGCGGGCGGGCGCCGGUGGCCCCAGCGCUCCGGAGCCGCCGAGCGCGCCGCGCCUCGCCGUCGCCGCCAACGUGUCGGCCUUUGCGCUCUCCGGCCCGGCCCGCGGCGGCAGCCUGAGGGGCUCGCCGGCGCCGAGCGCGCGGAAGUUCAUCGCGCACGGCGACGCCGAGUGCUCGGGGAGGUACGCCGCCAUCCAGACGGCGGCGCAGUGCGCGGCGGCGGCGCAGGCGCUCUGGCCCACCGGCCUGCUGUACCCCUGCUGGUACCCCACGUGGGCGGAGGACCUCACGGAGGUGGACGAGCCCGACGAGCCGCAGGGCUGCCUGCUCCUCACGAACGCCGACAACGGCUGCGGCCUGCGCUUCAACGCGGCCGGGCGCGGGGCGGUGUGCGACGAGCCCGGGCUCUCAUGCGUGGUCGUCUGCGGGGAGGGCGGCGGCCCGGCGACCUCGACGGAGGGCCCCGCGGGCCCCGCGACCACGGAGUCGCCGUGA